AUUGAUUUAAAUUUAAAAUGAAAACUAUCUUAGCCUUACUUGCUAUCUUGGCCAUCGCUUUCUGCGAUGUAGCCGUCGACCUCGACUCCGAUGGAGUCGCAGAUGUCAUCGUUCCUGAUGAAGCCGUCGUCCGUGUUGAGCCAGUCGUACCGGUCGUAGAACCUGUUGUAGCUAUUGAAGAGCCAUGGGCAGUCAGAGAAGGAUGGAGAGGAGCUUAUGACUGGACUGGAGAUGGAAUCAUUGACUGGAGAGACGACUUUGUAGUUGGUGGUGUCAGACCAUGGGAAGGUGACUGGAUCAGAGCCGACUGGAACAGAGACGGUAUUCUUGACGGAAGAGAUGGAUGGAGAAGAUUUGGAAAUGAGUGGGCCACCGGAGCUUGGGAUCCUACAUGGAGAGGAGAAGGAUGGCAUCCAGAGACUGUCUCGGUAAGAGAAGUACCAGCUGGAUUUUAUACUGACUCUGAAUGGAGGACUGUUGAAGGACCAUGGGAUACCUUCGGAUGGGGAGGCGCUCUUGUAGCCGAUUGGAACAGAGAUGGUAUAAUUGACUGGAAAGAUGACCUUGCAUGGAGAGGUGGACUAGGAAACAGAGUUGUGGAAGCUCCAUUCGCAGGAAGAAGAGUUGUUGAAGCACCAUUCGUUGGAGGACCUCAUAGAGUAUUCUAAAUUAACUUCCUUAACUUUUCUUCUAAGAAGAUUUA